AUGAAAAGGAUGAUUGGGCGCGCGAAGAGAGGCUUCAUCCUUCUCUCAUGGACGAAGAAUUGCCAAAGUACUCCUCGUAUAAAAGACGUCGUGUGUUCAUGAAGAAUCAUCAAUCCCCUCUUGCUUGAGAUUCAGAUAACAACCUCAAAAUGAAGACCUUUUUUGCUCUCUCUGCCCUUUUGGCUGUGACUGUGGCCGCUCCUGCUGAUCCUUACCAUCCUGCUCCAUACCACCCUGCCCCCUCAUACCAUGAUGGACCUGCUUACUACAACUAUGGGUAUGCUGUUCAUGACGAUUACAGUGGCACCAAUUUCCAAGCUAGUGAGAAUAGCGAUGGUUAUGGCACCAAAGGCGAAUACAGUGUCCUUCUUCCCGAUGGUCGCACCCAAACUGUGACCUACACCGCCGAUGACUACACUGGUUAUGUGGCUGAUGUCAAGUACGAUGGUUAUGCUAAGCCCGCCCCCUACCAUCCUGCUCCUGCUCCUUACCACCCUGCUCCUUAUCAUCCUGUUCCUGCUCCUUACCAUCCUGAGCCUACUCCUUACCAUCCUGCACCCGCCUCUUAUCAUCCCGCCCCUUAUCAUCCCGCUCCUUAUCAUCCUGCUCCUUAUAAUGGUUGAAAUGUGUUUUUCGUCAAAAACUUGUUUUAUACUAUUUAUCAACUAUUAUUUGACACUGACGAGCAAAUAAAACAGUCUUCAUUACAAAAUUGACUGCA